AAAAGUGAAACUCACGCGCUUAUUUCUGGUCUUAUGUUUUUUUGCCCUAAUCGACUUCUGCGUAGAGAAACCGAAAAAGGGAGAGAGAAAAUCCGCCGAUAAGAUAUCCGUACAACCCGACCGACUUCACGUCUCCGAUCUCGCCGUUACUCGGUCUCGAGUUUCUGUCAACUCGCCGUCGUUGAUAUCCCACCGUUUCGAUCCUCGAGAUACGAUGGAUCCGAUGGAUAUAGUUGGAAAAUCAAAGGAAGAUGCUUCGCUUCCUAAAGCUACCAUGACGAAAAUUAUAAAGGAGAUGUUACCCGCAGAUGUUCGUGUUGCUAGAGAUGCUCAAGAUCUAUUGAUUGAGUGUUGCGUAGAGUUCAUAAAUCUUAUAUCCUCGGAGGCUAACGAAGUAUGUAACAAAGAGGAUAAACGAACAAUCGCCCCUGAGCACGUACUCAAAGCUUUACAGGUUCUUGGCUUUGGGGAAUACGUCGAAGAAGUCUAUGCCGCUUAUGAGCAACAUAAAUAUGAAACCAUGCAAGAUUCACAGAGAAGCGUGAAGAUGAACAGCGGAGCAGAGAUGACGGAAGAAGAAGCAGCAGCGGAACAACAGAGAAUGUUUGCCGAAGCUCGAGCAAGAAUGAAUGGAGGUGUUUCAGUUCCUCAACCAGAGCAACUAGAAGAAACCCAGCAAACAAGUCUACAAAGCUAAUCAACAAAAUUUUUUAACAUUAUCCUUUUGACUUGUUUUUUUCUUUUUUUCUAGCAUUUCUCUGUAAAGUGCAAAAUUCGUCGCGUCUUGGUGUUGAUAUGCUCUUUACAUUUUUUUUUAACUUAGAUUUGUGUUUUUCCUUUAAAUCACUUUGGUGAUUCAGAUGUAAUUAGUAAGGUUUGUCUUGAAUCUUAGCAACUAGCUUCAUUUGAAUCCAAAUUCUCUAAAUUAUGUUCUAA